AUGAAUAUUAACAGUCAAAAAACAUCAAGUAAGCGACCAAGUGUUGAAAGCCAAAUGUCUUAGAAAAAUUCAACUUAGUUUAGUUUUCUUGGCGAUAAAAGAUAUUCUGCUAACAAUGAAGGAGUACAUCCAUCUUAAAAAUCAGAAAUGUCUUCAGCCACCUCAUUAAAGGGCUAGGGAGAUAAUUAGAAUCCAUUGUCAAAGUCCAGUCAACUAUAAAUAGGUCAGCAUGGUGCAGGUUCAAAUAGUAAGAAGCAAAUGAUUGUAGUAUAAAAUAAUGCUUAAAAAAAUAAUGUCCUAAAUAACAAGAAAUACUCUCUAGAUGAUAGAUCUGAAAACUAUAUCAUGUAGUUGUAAGAAUUCACUCAUGAGGGUGCAUUAGAAUUUUAAUAAAGGAAGUUUUCUUAGGCAACAGAUGUAGCCGCCACUGAGAAAAGUAUUACUCCUGCCUACUCUCAUAACUAGCCAUUUAACAAUAGAUUUUCCCCUUUUUACUUUCAUUAGGACAACUCUUAAAGUAUUGACCACUAAGUAAAGCCACAUAGAAUCGAAAUUGUGGAAGAAACCCCGCAUAGUGCCAGAUAAAACUCAAAUAAAAAUGGCUCCUAGUAGUUAGUUAUCCCAAUGUCUCAUUUCAGAUAGCAUAAUAAUUCUUAAAUACCGUUACCUCAAUAGCCGGGUUAAAUGUAUCCUUCGCCAUAAAUGUUCAAUCCAUUUGCAGUACCUCACUUUGGUGAUAAUCCGUUGGUUAACAACUCAUCAUUUCACUCUUAGGUUAGCAAUGCUAGCUUUGCUUAAAUCCAUUAAAAUAGCAUGAAUAUUCAGCAUAUGCAGAAUAGUUUUAGCCUGCCUUCUUACAACAAUAGUUUAGUCCUGCCAGGACAUCAAAAGACUAAUUCACAGCAUUAUCAGGCUUAGAGCUCAUGUAUUUUAAACUAAGCAGACAACAAUUCCUGCCAUUCUUCCUUUGGAAUAUCCUAGAUGUCCUAGCAAUUACCUUGUCAAUGCACAGCCUGUCUUCAAGCAUAAAUGGCAUACCUUCAGCAACUCCUUAUUUAAUAGUAAUAGCUCUAUCUUUAGCAAGCUAUGAACAAUGACUAAGCAAAUGAAUCGAUGCACUCUCAAAAUUCGAAUAAAAAUAAUACUAGUUUAUAUAAUCAUCCAAAGCCUUAAAAUCUUGAAAAGCAUAAAAGUAUAAGAUCAGGAUCAAAUUCUAUCCCUUCAAAUGAUGAAUCAUCAAUACCAGAUGAGAUCUACUCUAUGUAAUCCUAAGAUUAGGACGAUGAAAUCCAUGAUCUUGAUAGAGAGCAGAAAAUAUUGAGGGAUUAAUAAGAACUUUAAUCGCAUUAUGAAAAAUUUAUGCAGUAGGAACUGCUUGAAUAAGAGGAAAUUUUACAAAGAUAAAACACUGGAUACCCUUAUGAAUUGAAUAUCAAUCCUAAUCCUUAAGAAAAUAUUCUAAAAAAGAAUUACAUUGAGCUGCCUCUAGGGGAGAUACCUGAGAUGAAAGAGUCUUUUUAUGAAGAUUAAAGCAGAUAUACAAACUCUUCAAUGAGCAAAAAAUUUGGUCACUCAUAGUUUGGUGCUGGAGGAAUGACUACUGAUUAUAAUUAGCUUUAGAGGUCUAGUUGCAAAAAAAGUUCAAGAAUGGAUAGCAUCAGAACUAUCACUAGACUAAGUAUGAGUGGCGAAAAGGAAAAUCUAGAUAUUUAUGAUACUAUCCCGAUUGAUCCCUUCAUAUCUCGAAACCCCUAAUCAAGUCUACAUCUAAGGAAUUUUUCACAUUAAAAUCCAGCUUAAAAUGCUAGUUAACAACUUGAACCUCAGCUUUUCAAUCAAUAUGGGACAGUUGUAACUCCAAACAAACAGAGAUAGCUUUCAGGAAGCAAUUGGGGAACUUCAAUCAAUAAAGAUGUAUCUGGAGGAAUUCCCUAUCAAGUCUAAACGAAUUUGGCAAGCGGAUAACAUCACAGACACAAUAGUAGUUUUAUCUAAAAUUAGCAGUUACUCUAAGUAUUUAACCAGCAAUAAAUGUAAACUUCAAACAACCCACUUAAUAUGACAGACUUAUUUCCCUUUAAUAAAUCUUAAAUUUCAAACGAUAACUAACUGCUCUCAUCUAGUAAAGAUGAUAUGAUUUCUUAAGUCAAUGAUUAAUUCUAGAUGGAUGAGUAAUAAGAAGUACAGCAAUUUGUUUAAGAAUUUUAAAAUAAUCAGAAAACUAUGAUGAUGGUACAAUAGCCUUCAGCAUAAACAUAAUCAUAAUUGCAUGUGUAUAAAACUACUGAAACUUAAUAAUCUCGAUAGUCUGAUAUGUAGCCUGAGAUUUAAGAAUUUGAAGAGGAAUUAGACUAGCAGUUCAAAAGCUUUCAAAAUAAUCCCAGUUUUUAGCAGGUGGUGAUUUAUGAAACUUCUUUUGAUAGAUAAGAAGAUAUUGGAAAAAGAAGAGAACUCUCAAGCAGUAUGAAGAAUUAGAGCUAUGAAAAAGAUAAGACAGAUAAGUUAAUUUAGUAUAUCCUAGAAAAUGAGCCAUACCAGCAUUCAGGCAGAAACUCUAAAAGAGGUGAAGGUUAGCAGUAGUAAAGACAAGCCAUUAGCCUAUCCCAAAGAAAUCUAGAAAGUUCUUUGAAAAAAUGUGAUGGGCCCUUCAAAACAGUUGACAGCGAUUUGAGAAUAGGCAACUUUGAUGAAUAUUUUUACCCAGUUUCAGUAGUACCAUUCAUGCUCUAUAAUCAAAGCUCUGCUGAAGAAAAUGAAAACUAAAAGGAAAAUAUGAAUCCUGUCUCUGAAAAAUCUAGUAGAGAUACAAUUAAAAGCAGCAAGACUGAUUAACCAUUUAAAUAACAAAAGUGCAGUAAUAUAAAUGAGCAGCAGUAGUAUUACCACUAAAAUUCAAACAUGUUUGACAUGCAAAAAGAAGAACCUGAGGUUUAUAGAGUUUAAACAUUGCUAAAGAAGCCAAAUGCAGAUAAAGGUAGUGCUACAAAGCCAAGAAUAGAUUAUGUUUAUAAGGACAAUAGAAGCAAGAGUGUUGAGCCAAAGAAUGGCAGGAUAUUUUAAAAGUAUAAUGCCUUUAAGACAGUAUCAAAUGCACUUACCAAACCAAUAAGAGAACAAAAAUAAUUCACAAACUCAAGAGGAUAGAGCAAUGGUGCUGCAAAUAAUGCAAUAAAAACACAAAGAUGGUCUAGUUAACCCUCUAAUAAUAGGAAAUCAUUAAAUUCAGAGAAUAAAAGGCUAUCACUAUAAUAAAAUGUUCUUAAACCUAUCAAUAUUCAAAAUAAUGUCAAGAAUACUUCAAGACCAAGAUAACAACAUUAACAACAAACAUAGUUAAUAAAGUCCAUGAUUAAGCCUACGAAUUCUGAUGCAUAAUCCAAACUUUAGAUAUAAUAAGCGGUAAGUUACAGAUUGUCAGCUUAAUCCCAAAGAGGGAAAAAUAUUAAACAACAGUCAAGGCAACCAAGAUAAAUGACAAAUCGUUAAUCAAUGGCAACUCCUAUUGCAGCUCGAAAACAAGAGUCUAUUUUUACAAAGUUAGCUAAUCAAAAUCUUACAGGUAAAAAAUCUAAGAUAGAAAAAAGUAGCAAGAAGCAGACUGCAAUCACAAUCCCUUAGGCUCUCUCUACUCCAACAAACAAUUACUAUCUAAGAGCCUAAACUCAAUCUAAAAAAUUCUAAAAGACUUUGUUUGAGAUGUCUGAAUUACCCUCAAAUGAAAACAUUCAAAGAUCUAUUUCUGUUAAGAGACAGCAAAAUCAGUUAAUUGUAUCACUUCCUAAGAGAAAAUCAAGUGUUUAGUCCAAUGAAAGCGCUUAGAAUGAUUUAUUCAAUUUGAUAAAGAGCAGAGAGAAAGCAAAUAGAAGAUCAAUUGAGAAUGUCAGUGUUUAGAGAAAUAUUGACAGUCUUAAAAAAGAAAGAAUAGCAGCUCAAGUUAUAUAAACAGAUGAGAAGAUAAUUUUCAAGAAAAAGCCAAUCAAGUAUCUUUAGAUGACUCGCUAGUCAUAAUCUAGCACUAAAAAACAUCAAUUUAAAGACUUAUUAUCUUCAAGAAGUAGAUCAAGUAAGCCAUAUACUUCUAGAAAUUCCCAAUUAUAAGAGCAAAAGCUAAAUGAUCCUAAAACACUUCUAAACAGCAUAAAGAAUACAGCUUUAUCAUUUAAGCUAAUUGCAGAAAAAUAAAAGUCUAGACCAUUAUUUAGCUCUAGAUCACCUCCUUAAAAGAAAGCUGUACAGUAGGCUCAAAGUCAAUUGCCAGUUUCAAUAAAAAAUUAAAAAGUUAUGCAGCAUAAAAUAUCUAAUUAUGUGCUUGAAACCCCAGACAUUAGAAAGUAGAAGCUAUCAAACCCAUCAGAAAUAUAAAUCACAGAAGAGUCUGUAAACUAACCAAUCUAAUCUUAGCCUGCUACUGAGAGAAAUAGUAUGUAUAAAAAUCCUUUCCACAAUAGUAAUAUGGCAAGCUAUAGAGAAUCUUUUUUUAUUCCAGGCCAGCAGCAUUCAAAGAAAGUGAGUAGUAGCUUUGCCAGGGACUCUCCAGAUUAAAAAUUGUAAUAUGCAUCCGUAUAUCAGAAAAUUAUUUCAUCUUAAGUGGAAGAAGAGGAUUGCAUAAACGAGUCUCUCUAAGAGAUUGAUGAAGACUCAGAUAAAAAUGAAAUUGAGUUUAUUUUGAGUGAGAAUCAUAAAUCUCUUAAUCUUAAUGAAAUAAAUGAUAUCUAGCAAACUUCGGAGCUAUAAAAUAAAAUCAACUAAUACUACAAGCUAAAAGAGGUAUCUGAUAAGCAGCACUCAAUUUAACUUGAGCAAGAUAGAUUCUAAUAUUAAUAGCAUGUAAUAUAGCAUUAAAUCCCUGCUAUCUUGCAUAAUUCGGUAGAUAAUGAAACUAUCGGAAAUAGAGAACUCUAAUAAAUUCUCAAUUAACUAGAGUAAUCGAACAGAUCAAGGGCUACAACUGUCCAAAACUUUACUUCUUUUAAUACCUUAGACCAGCAAGAGUUCAUGUCAUUUAACUCAUAGACUAAUGUUUAGCAACCUAAGAGUGCAAUGGACACAGUUGAAAAGAGAAAGAAAGGUAUAGUCUAAGAACCUAUAAUAUAGCAGCUCCCAUAACCUGCUUAAACUUUACCUAUGAACUAACCUACCUUGCAUAAAGGACUUGAUAGUGGAACUAACCUUAUAGAAACUCCAAUUAGCAAGGAAAUUAGUGCUUCAAAUUCUGAAAGAGGAACAAGCAAGCAAUACAGUUCUGAUCCCAAGAGAAACAGUUCAUUUAGUCGCGGAGAUGUUUAUCAAUCACCUUCAAUUAAAAAGAAGUCUAAUGCAUUCAAUAACGAAAAACAAAAUUUCUGUCUUCCAAACGCUUUAUUCUUCAACAGCACUGCAUAAAGCAAGAAUCAAAGGAACUCAGUGAACCGCAGAUCAGUUAAUAAUAGAAAACCAAUUACUUAGUAUAACCAAAUCUUUAAGCAGACAUCAAGUAAAAAUGGCAGAUAAAGCUCUGAUAUCGAUGUUCUUAGGGAAUCUACAGAUAAUUCUCCACAACUUACUAACAAUGAUUACACCAAUCCUUAUGCUAGUUCGAUGCAAAAUAGUAAAAAUGAGUCAUCAAUAAUCAUCAGAUCUUUUGGGAUUGAUUAAGUUACUGCUGGUGAAGAUACAUCGAAAUCAUUUCACAAGAGAGCAAAUAUCCCAAAAUAUAAGAAAAAUGACCUGAAUUAUAUGUCAACUCGGGAUAAAACAAACUAAUCACAUAAAAGCAGCAGCAAUUCUUAACUGUCUUCUUAUAAAGCUGAUGAUGAGCAAGACUGCUAACGCACCACAGACUAAGCUAAAUAUAGGAAUCUAAAGCUUAGUUAAGAUGAGAAGAACUUCUUGAGAGAAAGAUGUGAACAGCAUAGAUAAUCAUCUAGUAGCAAAACUCAAAAGUACAAGUGA